GUUUAGUAUUAUGUGAACUCUGCUGGAGUUUGGAUGUAAUGUCUUUUGAUGUUAGUCAUAAUUAAAUAAAAGUUUAUGAAGUUUUUCGAUAAUGGAAUCUGUUCAAAAUACUCCUAACGGAAAUGAAACUACAGAUGAAGGCGAUGCAGGCUCAAGUGAAGAUCAACCCACAUCUUCAAAGUUUACUGUGCUAAUGGAGUUUCCUUUGUUUAUAACAAUGUUAGGUAUCGCUAUAUCGGGUGCACCGACAAGUAACCUUAUAAUGUAUCGAACUUGUAUACAUGCUCUGAACCAUUCUGUGGACGAAUGCAGAUCUUUUCUGUUACCUGAAGCCAUAAACCAUACGCAGCAGCUGGAAACUGAAGUACAGCACUAUGCGACCUUCGUGACUACAGCGAGGUCAGUGUUGCAGGCCGUGGUGCCCGCAAUCAUGACCAUGUUCAUUGGAGCGUGGUCUGAUAAACAUGGUAGGAGACCACUAGUGGUAUGGCCUAUACUGGGAAUAUUCAUAACCAGUGUUAUGAUGGUAGUAUACAGUAUGCUGCCAUCUCUCGGCCCAUGGUGGUAUGUGGUGAUAUCGCUGCCGUUUUCUUUGAGUGGUGGCUUCGUGGUUCUAUAUGUUGGAAGUAUGUGUUACGCUAGUGAUGACAGCACUACAGAAAACAGAACAGCAAGGUAAUAUUUACUUAAUAAUCUAGGACUUCUAUCUAUACUAAUAAUAAAGCUGUUGUUUGUCUGUUUGAUUG